UGAUCAGUUCAGCUUCAGUCGUUCGGGAAAGAGCACACAAGAAACAGUAUCAAAAAUCAGAAUCCAUUUGCAUCUACGGAGCGGAAGUGUUUGAAGCGUGUCUGAUCUGUCGUCGUCGCGGAGUUCGGUGUUCGCGCGGGUGUUUUCCGGUCAAGCUACGAUACUCAAUUGCGUCCAUGCCUUGCACUCCGAUUCGAUCCUGGAGCUUGACCCUAUUCAGUACACGUUUGCGGUGAAAAUGCGCCUGCAGCAUCCCCAGCAGAGGCAGCAAGCGAAUUUAUAACGAUAAGCCAAGUCCGUGCACUCUUUGCCAUCCCCGCGUUAUCGAACAGAUGCGGUUUCGAUUGUGCCUGCUGGUGACCUUGUUGCAGCUCUUUGUAACAGUUCCAGCGAACCGGAAAUGCUUGGGUGGUCUUUGCAUUCUACCGGAACUGUGUCGACCAGUGAGUGAAAACGUCUACGAUGAAAUCCAUUUGAACUUUUUCAGCUCGGAUGAAUGUCGAAGCGAAAGUUUGAAAUGCUGCCCUUUCGAGCGAAUAGUGCGGCAACCGUUCGAAGCGCCGGACGAGAGAGAAUUGGUAUGUGCAGCGCGCAACAACAAUGGAAUAGGGAAUUUGCCGGUUCCGCAGGAUAAGUUCCAGUCAAGAUACGGAGAAUUCCCAUGGAUGGCAUUCGUGUUCGUGAUCGAGACAGGAUACGAGGUCUACAUGUGUGGCGGAACCCUGAUUCAAUCCAAAGUGGUCCUCACCAUCGCGCACUGCAUCGAGAACAUUCAAACGGACAAGCUGAAAGUGCGGUUUGGCGAAUGGGAUCUGGAAAACAUGGUCGAAAUCUAUCCACCCCAGGAUCGGUCGGUGCUCAAAACUAUCAUCCAUCCACAGUACUAUGAUGAGUUGCUGCACAAUGAUAUUGCUAUACUAUUUCUUAAUGAUCAUGUUAGCUUCACGGAGGUUGUUGGUACGGUAUGUCUCCCGCCUCAGAAUUCCAAUUUCGACAAAAAGAAGUGCGUUUUCUGUGGUUGGGGAGAGGACACCAUGGGCCGGAAUUCGUCGAUUCUGAAAAGGACUAAACUUCCGAUCGUACCGCGAGAUGAAUGUGAACAAGUGUUAAGCAAAAUACUGCACAGUCCGUACUUUAAGUUGCACGAGAGUUUUCUCUGCGCCGGGGGUGAAUCCGGCAAGGAUGCCUGUCGGGGUGAUGGUGGAUCUCCGUUGGUUUGCAGGAUACCGAACUCGGAGAACCAGUACUAUCUGGUAGGAUUGGUGGCGUUUGGAGCACGCUGCGGAGCUCGAGGAGUUCCCGGGGUUUAUGUUAAUGUUCCUUACUAUCGUGAUUGGAUCGACGGAGAAAUUGCCAAAAUGUAUCACGUUGAUUUAUUUGUAGAUUAGUCAUUAGAGCUGUACUUAGUAUUGAGAAAAUAAAUCGUGGAUUCAUUUGGUGAUGCAAA